UUUUUUUUAAAAGGUAGGUAGGAAGUGACAGAUAGACAGACGCUGCGUUUAAAUUAACUGAUUUGUGACUAGUUGAUUGUAGGAAACACAGUAACUCUAUAUUAUAAAUGUAUAGCCACACUGCCAAAAGAAUAGCGCCCUUUUCUGUAUAGCCUCCAAAGACGCACAGAUGGGCGGGCAGCGGUGUAAAUAACCCCUCCUUUAGCUGUCCAAUGCAUACCUUUCAAUCCCACCUCAGACUGUAGUCCCGUGCUGUUGCAUUCAAGCCUGUGAGCACUAACUACGCUACGCUGACCGCUGACAGCAGCUAAACAAACCACAUGGCUGUCCUGGAUUGUGCAUGGAACUUUAUCUUUGAAGAGCUAGGGUUAGUAGUUAAUAGUUUUGAAACUGCAAAUUAGAUUUGCAGAAAGAAAGAAAUAACACCGACUUGAGGCAAUAGCAAUAACAAAAAGGUGAAAUUGUAAUUUCUUCCAAAGCCAAAGAGAGGUGGAAACAAGCAAGAGGAUACUUCACAGUGUUUCCAUUUGCCAUUUCACUCAGAUUGUGGCUCUAUCAAGCUCAGACCCUCCCAUGCCCAGGUCAUAUCUGAGAGGAAAACAUCUAAAUGUUUCCUGUCAAAGGCCUUUAUGCAUGCAACAUUUUGACAGACUUUUGAACUGCAAUUCCUCUAUUGAACCAAUCACACGCUGUCUUCCUUUUUUUAUUUAGCAAAAAUUGCUCAGCUUGGCCCCUAACAGGCCUAUAUCAGUCCCCCAGUAGGCUAGCCUUUAUCACUGACGGUGACAUUUAGCGACCAGUCUGUGUGUCAGUGUACCUGCAUUAUUUGGUGCACACAGUCUCAUUGUGGGGCUAAACAGCCCUCAAGGUGUGUCACAGAGUAUAAAUAGUUGAACAAAAGCCCUUUUCAAGCUGACAAGAGGCUGAAACCUGAGUCUUGGGAGUGAUUCCCCCCCCCCCCCUCUGGUAACUCUAAACGCUCACACACUGAGAGGCUGGACAAACGCUCCUGUAAAAAAGAGUGAUUUAGAUCCUGAGAGGGUGAAGAGAAGAGACAUUAGGGCACACGCCUUCCACACUGCUGCAGUUUAUUUUAGGUGCUUAAGAAGACCAGAUCAGCAAGAAGACCCAUCCACCCCUCCUUCCGGCCCUCGUAUGAGCUGAAAAAAAAAAAGUAGGAGAAGAAGACAACUGGGCGGACCAGAUCCAGAGUCCCAACAGCCUCAAGAAAGUCUCCUCUUCUCACCACCCAGACUUUUAAUCUAAGUCAGGACAUCUUUGGCAUCAUAGAGGUUUAACCACCAAGCUGGAAUAGCUGCUUUAGAGUCUUUUGUCCCCCAUUCCGAAGUGUGUGUGUGUGUGUGUGUGUCUCUGUGUGUUGUGACUCGUGUGAGAGUCACCACCGGUCUUUUUCUCUGGUCAGGAUGUCUGCAAUACAAGAGCUGCUGCUGCUGCCUCUGGCCCUCCUGGUGCUUCAAGCGUCUCUGUGCUAUGGAGCCUGCGUGGAAGUGGCAUCGGACACAGAGGCCGUGGCCAACGAAGGCUUCAAACUUGGCUGCAUUUCCUGCAAGAUGAGAAGUGAGGUGCCCGCCGCGGCCUCAGUCGACUGGCAAUUCAAGGCUUUAGAUGAGACCAACUUCACCCACUUAUACCACUAUGAAAAUGAAAAUGAAAAACUCUCUAUCAAAGACCCACGUUUCUAUAAGCGCCUGUACUGGAACGGCACCAAGGGCAGCAAGGACCUGCAGGAUGGCUCUAUCUUCAUCCACAAAGUGACCUUCAAUGACACAGGAACCUACAAGUGCAUAUUCAGCCGCACCCUCAAGUAUCCCAACUACGAGGUUUCAACUGAACCCAGCGUGACUAUCGUCAUGAAAGUGGUGCCACAAGUCACCAGGGGACUGGCAUCCAUCUUGUCUGAGGUGAUGAUGUAUGUGUCCAUCAUCGGGCUGCAGGUAUGGCUCGUAAUUGAGAUGAUUUACUGCUACAGGAAGAUUGCAGCGGCAGGAGAGGAAGCUUUGAGAGAGAGCGCGGCGGAGUAUUUAGCUGUAGCAUCGGAAAGUAAAGAUAAUUGUGCAGGUGUUCAAGUGGCAGAAUAGCAUUGUUUUAUGUUUUUCACUUCAAGUUGAGGAAUAAUUCAAGAAAGCUUCCUUGAGGAAUCUCACAUUGACACUUUCAUGCCCUCUCCUCUUACCGUCACUCAAAUCCUGCCAUCCUUUCCACAUGAUGGAAAAAUCAAACCACACGAUGGAGAAAGAUGGAAGUUUUUUCAAGUAACUUUCGGCAGAAGGAUGGAAAGGACUGAAAUGUAUCCGGUUGUGAGGGUCAGGAGGGAUGCAUGAGGUCGUGGUCCAACGGGACAGAGGAAGAGGGUUGAACUGUGUAUGCACAGGUUAUUUUGUAUAGAUAUUAUAGGCCUACAUUGCAUAUACACUGUCUGCAUGCUUAUGAGCUAACCAAAAUGACCAACAUCAUGCUUCUGAUGUUCAGUCAUGUUUUUAAGAGUUUUUAAUCAGUUGUGUCAUAUUUAUUUCACACUGUGUGUAACCGAUAAGGGUUUUAUAAAGCCAACUAAAAGCUGUCAGUGUUCACUCUUUUGGGUUUACGAAGCUGUCAUGCACAUAAAAACAGCUUUUAAUUAUACAUCAACAUUUGAAGAUAUAUAUAUAUAUAUAUAUAUGCAAGUUAGUAAAAAAUAACCAAAGUUACCCUUUUGCACUACUGUAUUUUACCCAAAACCACAUCAUUCUAAAUCAUCAAAACUAUGUUCCACUAAAUCCAUGAGGGUAUACUUUUAAUAUAUGAUGUAGGAGGGUAUUAGGAUCAAUAAAAACUAUGAAACGUUACUAUUGCAAUUUCUCCUGGGUUGGGCCCUUUUUUGAGUUAGAUUGACUGGACUGUCUGGGGAGUUUUGAGUUAUCCGCUUUAAAAAAAAAAAGGAACAUACAAUCAUUAGUCAUCAUAAAUAGGUUAAACUUAUUAGAAUCCAUUCACGUUUUUAAUGUUUUCGGACUGUUUUAUCUUAACUUCUCAGACAACAGUAUGUUUUUUUUUUUUUUUUUAACGGUAUUUUCCUACAAUCUCAUAAAAUAAUGUUGUGCAACAACAAUGUAAAGAUAUUUAUAGUUCUAUAUUCUAUCUAUUGAUAUUUCAGUGGGAUUCCCUGUUAAUUAAAGCAUUUUCAGCAGACCACUAUGCUGUUUAAACUGGCUGUGUAUUGUUAAAAAACUUGGAUGGUGAGGAGCAAAAAUGGCACCAGAAGCCAAGUGUGACAUACUGUAUGGAAAGCCCUCUGAUGACCAAUUUGUAGUAUUGCCAAAAAAACAACUUCACCAAUUUACCUGAAGUGAUAUGAACAUGCCACCUUUAGCUUUCCCACUGAUGUUUCACACAAAUGUCUUAAGGGCUUGGUAAAUCUCUGUAUAUAUGUAGCCUAUAACUGCCAUGGGCAAACGUACCACAAAACCUGUCCAGUGUGCCUCCCAGGGUGAAGCCAGUGGUAACCAAAAAGAAAAAAGGCAAAGCUUCGUUACAAACCUUAAGUGUUUGUAAAAACAGCUGUCCUUGCUUCUCUUUCAGAGAUGGUCGGUGAACACCACAUGGCAGCCAAAGACUGCCGUUCUGCAUCUUUACUGUUAAUCUCUUUCUUACCAAAAGUAAGUUUGAUACAUCUUGAGACACUGAGAAGAAGGGAACACAGACAAACUCAUGAAUUAAUACAGAAUAGCUCCAUGCUAUGGAAUACUCCAUACUGAUGGAAGAAGCACAGUACAGUACCAACACACAUGUCCAAUGAGAUACAAGCUAAUAAAAAGUAAAAAAGUAAAGAAAAAUAUAAAACAAGCAACACCUCCUCCAUUCAAGCAGUGAUACACACUGCUUACUACGGAUAUAACUGCAGUUUCCUCUUCAUGUGUAGGUGUCGAAAUGUUGCUUGGCACAAAAUAAAAAGCGAUUCACCCAGGAAAAAAUAAAAUUCAUGAGAAAAAUCG